AUGCUGGGUGCUUCCGGAGACUAUGCUGAUUUCCAGUAUUUGAAGCAAGUUCUCGGGCAAAUGGUGAUUGAUGAGGAGCUGUUGGGAGACGGACACAGCUAUAGUCCUAAAGCUAUUCAUUCAUGGCUGACCAGGGCCAUGUAUAGUCGACGCUCCAAGCUGAACCCCCUGUGGAACACCAUGGUCAUUGGAGGUUAUGCUGAUGGAGAGAGCUUCCUGGGUUAUGUGGACAUGCUCGGUGUAGCCUAUGAAGCCCCUUCGCUGGCCACUGGUUAUGGUGCAUACCUGGCUCAGCCUCUGCUGCGAGAAGUUCUGGAGAAGCAGCCAGUGCUGAGCCAGACGGAGGCCCGAGAACUAGUGGAACGCUGCAUGCGAGUGCUGUACUAUCGAGAUGCCCGUUCUUAUAACCGGUUUCAAAUCGCUACUGUAACUGAAAAAGGUGUUGAAAUAGAGGGACCCCUGUCUGCGGAGACCAACUGGGAUAUUGCCCACAUGAUCAGUGGCUUUGAAUGA